AUGGACAAGGCUGAGGAGUCGGCCCUUACAGAGGGGGGCGAGGUCACCAUGUACCUGCUCACCCGUCUGCUAUCCAUCGCUUCAUCGAAUGAGUCAGUCAUACAACAAAUCUUGCAGGCUGGAGUAGGGCUCAUGUUCAACGGGCAGCCGCCGGGCGAGGCAAAGUCGAGCGUGUGCGGCCGCACCUGGGGACCCGGCGCCAUGGCCUACCGCUGCUCGGACUGUCAGAUGAACUCGAGCAGCUGCAUCUGCGUGGACUGCUUCAAGCACGGAAACCACGAAGGACACGACUACCGCCUGUACUCGUCGGGCUACGGCGGCUGCUGCGACUGCGGCGAUCCUGCGGCCUGGAAGCCCAAAGGCGCGUCGUCGACCGAGUCGACAGCCGAGCAGAACUUCAACCCGGAGGUCACCAAAGUCUUCCUGGACCACGUGCUCGGGUUGCUGCAUACUCGCAUGGUGUCGUAUCUGAAGCAGGAGGAGAACGUGGCCGGAAUCGGGUUGAUCCUCACCUUCAUCAGCAAGGUGUGCUCGUUCGGAGAUGCGCCGCGCAGGGUGAUGGCCGAGGCCAUGCUGUCGUUUGGGAAUGCCGAUGACAUACUCAAGGCGCCCGACAGGCCGUCCGUGCUCGAGCACCACAUCUCCGACUUCACCAAGCUCUUGAAGGGCCGAGGCAAGUGCUCCCGCUCACACAUAUAG